UCCGAUUACCGAAUAUGCCCGAGAUUUUUAUGUUACACGUAAACGCUCCUCGAUCUAUUAUAAUCGUUUAAAAUUUCGUCAACACAUUUGGUUUUCAGGGUUGAUGCAGCAGCCUUUAGCGUGUCGCGAAAGGCAAUAAACUCGUUGAUUUUUUCUACUUCCAUAGCGGCAAUUCUAUACGGAUUUCUCGUAUAUAGUAACAUGCGUGGAAGACAAGACGACCUUGUUAUCAGUAACAGCCUCCGUUCGAACGAUAUACUUCUGCUUUCUGUACACUGAUUAUUUUACGAUUGGUCAUUUCGUAUUUCUUCACCGCGUGCAGUGCAUCGACUCCGUCAACAAGUCCGUACCGUUCUUGAUCUAUACUUUUUCCUUGUUGUUUGAACAUCUAUUAAAACUGUGUACCUUUGGCAUUUUAUGCAAGAAACUCACGUAAUAGUAAAGAAAGUCUACUAUCCAAGAAAAGAAGAAAAAAGAGGGAACGUUCAUGCUUGUAACUUUCGAUCGCACCUUUCCCAUUUGUAACUCGACCGUGUAUACCAAUGCAUUGCAUUGUCAAUUGAACUUGUGAUUUCAACGUAAAUAUAUAUUUUUAUUUGGAAGAAAUAACUAACGAGCGAUACGCGUUAAAUUUAUCUCCGUUCGGGCGCUACCGAGUCAAGAGAAGAGACGCUCAAAAGAACGUAGGGUAGCAAAAGUAAUAUUGUUAGCUGCAAUAAGAUUUUUAACGAAAAGCAAAAUUUUGUUAAGUCUCCAAACAUAAAAGUUUGAUCACAAUUCGUAAGAAACAUGAAAAUUGCUGUGAUCGGUGCUGGUUCCUGCGGUCUCGCAGCCCUACGGCAUUGCACUUCCGGUGCAUAUGACGUUGAAGUAGUUUGUUACGAAAAAACGGACCAAGUAGGGGGUACAUGGGUUUACAGGGAAGAAACUGGUUUGGAUCGAUAUGGUUUACCGAUACACACUAGUAUGUAUAAAAAUUUAAGAACAAAUCUUCCAAAGGAAGUAAUGGGGUAUCCGGAUUUUCCUGUUCCGAACUCACCCGAAAGCUAUUUGACUCGUUCGCAAAUGCUUAACUUUCUGGUUUCGUAUUGUGACCAUUUCAAACUUCGUCCAUAUAUCCGGUUACUUCACAACGUGGAACUAGUAGAACCAUCUAAUGGGGACCGGAAGUGGACGGUCAAAGUGAAAGAUUUAAAGAACAACGUCGUCUUAAACGAAUCAUUUGACGCAGUUAUGGUUUGCAAUGGACAUUACUUCGAGCCUAGCUUCCCAAAUUUGAAAGGUCAAAAUGUUUAUCAAGGGAAGCAAAUGCAUAGUCACGAUUAUAGGGUUCCGAAUACUUUCCUUGACAAAAACGUGGUUGUUAUUGGGGCUGGUCCUUCUGGUAUGGACUUGGCUUUGGACAUAUCGGGAUACGCGAAACGCGUGUUCUUGAGUCACCAUUCAAGAGACCCCAUAGGCACCGUAUUUCCAUCUAACGUUACACAGAAACCAGACGUGAGAGAGCUAACUGAACAGAAUGUAGUGUUCAAGGAUGGUACCAGCGAGCCGGUGGAUAUAGUUUUUUAUUGCACAGGGUACAAAUACAGUUUUCCUUUUCUGAGCGAAAAGUGUGGAGUUCGAGUUGACUCCAACAUGGUGACACCGUUGUGGAAGCAUCUUAUAUCGAUCAAAAAUACCAGUCUUGCUUUGGUCGGUCUUCCCUACUACGUUUGUGCCUUCAAUAUGUUCGAUCUGCAGGUACGAUUCGUCCUACAAUAUUGGAGCGGCAAGAGAGACUUCCCCUCCCAGGAGGAUAUGUUGCGUGAAGAGGCGGAAGAGUUGGAAAAUCGUGCAAAAGAGGGUCUUCAGAAAAGGCACUUUCACAUGAUGGGAUUUAAUCAGGAUCGUUAUUACGACGAUCUUGCAAAUACCGCAGGAAUCACGCCAUUACCACCGGUGCUCACGAAGCUUCACAACGAAAGCAGUACAAAUUUCUUGGAUGACCUGGUGCAUUAUCGCGAAAAAAAGUACAGGAUUAUCGAUGACUAUAACUUCAUUCAGCUUUGAAAUGCGUCAUAAUUACUGCCCAGCGAAUAUUGAACGACCUAAUAUAUAUUGUAUAAAGAUAUUUUGUAUUCUGAGCAGAUCCAAUUACAAUGAUUAUAUAAUGUAGACUAAA